AUGCCUUCCUUUCCUUGCUUUCUAGUCACUGCAAUUAGCCUUCUAUCGCUUCUCUACGCGUCGCCAUGCCUUGCUCAGUUCCCUCGGCCAUUCGCAAACCUCACGACCUUCACGUCGCCCGUCGACCCGAACAUCACCGUCUCGUAUAAGGUGCCGCGGAAUGUGUGCGCGACUGUCUUCGACACCCAGCAGCAGUACACUGGCUGGGUCAAUGUGCCGGGAGACUUUCCAACGAACAUCUUCUUUUGGUUCGUUAGUGCUCGAGAGCCGACAUCGCAGCUCACUGUAUGGCUGAAUGGUGGGCCGGGAUCGGGAUCCAUGUUCGGCUUCUUCGACGAAGUUGGACCGUGUGAAGUCGUUGAGAAGGGCGCCAAUCAGCUCGAUACGGCAGCGCGGACAUGGGGAUGGGACAGGGCGUCGAACAUGCUGUUUAUAGAUCAGCCAAACCAAGUCGGAUUCUCUUACGACACCCCUACGAAUGGGUCAUUGAAUCUCGUCACAUCAAAUUGGACUUUUGGCCCGGAGCCGGUUCCUCAUAGCUUGACGCCUGCCGUCUUCCUCAACGGCACUUUCGCUUCCAUGAAUUCGAGCCACACCCCCAACACGACGCAGAUUGCAGCAAAAGCUAUCUGGCAUAUGAUGCAAGGCUUCCUGAGUGCCUUCCCAGAGUACAAUCCACCGGGCGACUCUUCUCUAGGAGUCAAUUUGUUCGGCGAAAGCUAUGGAGGGCGAUACGCUCCUAUAUAUGCCGAAACAUGGGAGGAAGAGAACGCGAGGCUCGUGGAGAGCUUCAAUACGACGACCAAUACAACCAACACGAAUGUCACAGGAAUAGACAUUCACCUCGUUUCGGUCGGCAUCGUCAACGGAUGUGUGGAUGACCUGGUUCAGGGACCGCACUACGUCUCAAUGGCAGUCAACAACUCGUACGGUCUUCAGCUUUUGAGCCCGGUUUACGCUGCGCUCGCCAACGGCUCAUUCUACAAUGAAAACGGGUGCCGAGAUCUCAUCCUGCAAUGUAGGACGGCGGUCCUUGUCUCCGAUCCGGACAAUUUGGGCAAUGUAGAAGAAGUCAGCUCGAUCUGCAGGGCUGCGCAGACGCAAUGUGAGUCUCAGCUAUACGGACCUUACUCGGAAUCCGGGAGAAGUGUCUAUGACAUCGCUCAUUAUACCCCGGACGCCUUCCCCGCGAGUACAUAUAUUGAAUACCUCAACACACGGAAAGUCCAGGAGGCUAUCGGGGCCGUCAUCAACUACACAGACACGAACGCGGCCGUGAACACCGCGUUUAGGAGCACGGGUGACAUGGAGCGUGGAGAGACACUUCCCGCGUUGGCGACACUGCUUGCGAGCGGUGUGCGCGUGGGUCUCAUUUACGGCGAUCGUGAUUAUAUAUGCAACUGGAUGGGCGGCGAGGCCGUCUCGCUCGACAUAGCAAACAGAGUGGGCGGCGACUAUGCAUUUCGCUUCCCAAUCACGGGAUAUGCACCCAUCAUCGUCAAUGACUCCUACAUCGGGGGCGUCGUGCGGCAAUAUGGCAACCUGUCUUUCAGCCGUGUCUACCAGUCGGGCCACUUCGUGCCCGCCUCGCAGCCCGAGACGGCCUUCCAGAUCUUCGCGCGCAUCAUCAUGGGCAACUCCGUGUCCACAGGCGAGGCCGUCGACCUGGCGGCGUACAACACGACGGGCGAGCUGAACGCGACGGAGACGCUCGAGCUGCCCGACUCGCCGACGCCGACGUGCUACCUGCGCGCCAUCCCGUCGUCGUGCCCGCAGACGCAGGUCGACGCCCUGCUCAAGGGCGAGGGCGUCGUCGUCAACGGCGUCUGGUACAGCGCGUACAGCGACUGGCCCGGCGCGACCGUCACCAGCUCGGCGGACGGCAGCAGCAGCACCACGGCGUCGUCCGCGAGCCAGACGCUCACCGGCCUGUUCACCGCGACGGCCACGCCGAAGAGCGGCGUGGUGAGGAGCGCUGAUGCCCGAGGUAGCCUUGGCGUUGUGGUGCUUUGCAUGGUCGCUGCUGUGGCGGGACUGUUCUACGCCUGA